GGACAGACUCCCGUAGAAAUUUCUCUUGCCACGUAGUCGCGGCGGCGCAACUUGUAGUUUGGGAAGUUUUAUGAGAACUCUGUUGUGCAUGAAACAUUAGUUCAGCGGUUGGAGAGUGUUAAACUGUUCUCCACAUCAAGAUGAUUCCGGAGUUGUGGACAUGCAUUUUUUCUGCAUUUUUCUUUUACUUGCAUGGAGCAAAACUUCCGGAGCCAGAGGUGAAAAUAGAAGUUCUAUACAAACCUUUCCUUUGUCAUCGUAAAUCCAAAUACGGAGAUAUUCUUCUGGUUCACUACGAUGGCUUUCUGGAGAGUAAUGGCACAAUGUUUCAUUCCAGCCGCCAUCAUGGAGACAAAAACCCUGUUUGGUUCACGUUGGGGAUCAGCGAGGUGAUCAAGGGUUGGGACAAGGGUCUUCAAGGCAUGUGUGCGGGGGAGAAGAGGAAACUGACCGUCCCUCCAACUCUUGCAUAUGGCAAAGAGGGCAAAGGUAAAAUCCCUCCAGAAAGCACCCUGAUCUUUGACAUUGAGAUCGUCGAGAUCCGAAAUGGGCCUAGAUCACACGAGUCUUUUCAGGAAAUGGACCUCAAUGAUGACUGGAAACUUUCCAAAGCGGAGGUGAAAGAAUACCUGCGUAAAGAGUUUGAAAAGCAUGGAUAUGCUGCCAAUGACACCCAUCAUGAAGUAAUGGUUGAGGACAUCUUCCAAAAAGAAGAUGAAGAUAAUGAUGGAUUUAUAUCAGCCCGGGAGUUCACCUACAAACACGAUGAGCUAUAAAUACUUCACACUCCUACAUAACAGCAUCAGUGUUUGCCUUCAGAGAAAUUCCAGUUUCAGUAGUUCUAAACAGGUUUUCGGUUAUCUACAGAUCAUGUCUUUAUUAUUAUUAUUUUAUACACUGGUGUGUGGUGGUAUGACUGAACUUUUAUAUAUUUUUAUGUAUUCGAAGACACCUUCAAUUGCAAAGUGUUGAAUUUUGCUCAAAGGGAAUGUUUGCUCCCAAAGUGUCUGUGGGUAGAAACAUUCAAUAUUUCAGAACAUUUCAGUGUUGAUUUUUUUU